AUGAGAAAGAAGUUGAAGUAUAAAUGCAAGAGCUUCCACCCUAGUAAUAUUUUAAAAGUUUAUGGAAGUGAGUCUGGGGAAGUGGGUUUGGGAAAAGUGAGUUCAGAGAGAGUGGGUUCUGGAAAAUGUUUGUUUGCGACAGAGACUUUCAGCAUAGGAUUGAACAUGCCUGCAAAAACUGUUGUCUUCACAAAUAUGGAUAUCCAGCGGGAGUAUAUACAAAUGAGUGGACGUGCUGGUCGUAGAGGUAUUGAUGAACGUGGGAUAUGCAUCCUCAUGCUGGAUGAGAAGUUGGAACCUUCUACUGCAAAAACAAUGCUUAAAGGAAGUGCUGAUAGUUUGAACAGGUGGGGAAUUGCUUCAGAAUUUGCUGUUAAAAGCUAG